UUGGCUCCGCUCAUGAUUCACUUAAAUUUUCUGGUGCCAGUUAGAGAAUGAUACCUAUAAAUAAGGAAGUAUAUAUACUAGUCAUUUUAUAGAAACCAUUAAUCAAUAUAUAUACGAUAUGAUCAAAAUACUGUAUUUUUUUUGUUAGUAAAAACGAUCUAAGCCAUGUAUUGCGUGAUAAGACCUAGGUCAUCACAAUGCUUCCUCACAAUCAAAAGCAUGUGCAUUGUGUUGUUACUAUUAUCGAUUGCUAGUGGAAAAGUUUCUGCAGGUUUAAAUUACGGAGAAGCUCUCACAAAGAGUCUUUUGUAUUUUGAAGCUCAACGCUCUGGAAAAUUGCCAUCAGACCAAAGAGUUCAAUGGAGAGGGGAUUCUGCACCUGGAGACGGUUCUGAUGUUCAUAUUGAUCUCAGUGGAGGGUAUUAUGAUGCUGGAGACAACAUGAAGUUUGGAUUUCCUUUGGCGUUCACCACAACGAUGCUAGCGUGGGGCAGUGUAGAGAUGGCAUCUCAGCUCCAUGCCCACAAUGAGCAUCAAAACGUCCUUAUGGCUCUUAAAUGGGCCACUGACUAUCUCAUUAAAGCUCAUCCAGAGCCCAAUGUACUUUACGGACAGGUGGGAGAUGGUAAGUUAGACCAUGCCUGCUGGAUGAGACCAGAGGACAUGAACACUUCACAUCCACGUCCAUCAUACCGCAUUGAUGCUCAGCAUCCAGGUGCUGACCUGGCCGGCGAAACAGCUGCAGCUAUGGCUGCAGCUUCUCUUGCAUUUGCUCCGUCUGAUGCAGCCUAUGCCAACACACUCAUUAGUCACGCCAGAGAUCUAUUUGAAUUUGGUAAAAAUCAUCCCGGAGUUUAUCAUGACUCCAUUACUAACGCGGCUGGCUUUUACACAAGUAGUGGCCAUGAAGAUGAGUUGUUAUGGGCUGCAGCUUGGCUUCACCGGGCCACAGGAGACCAGAUGUAUCUCGAUUAUUUAACACAAGCUUCAAACAGCGGAGGUGUGAGGUACGCUUUCUCUUGGGACGAUAAGUUCGUUGGGGCACAAGUCUUGGCAGCCAAGCUUGUGUUUGAAGGGAAAGUGAAGAACGAAGGGAAGAUGGCAGAGUAUAAAAGAAUGGCCGAGCAGUUUAUCUGCAACUGUGCUCAAAAGGGUUAUAGUAACGUUAAGAAAACUCCAGGAGGGUUGCUUUGGUUCUUGCCAUGGGAAAACCUCCAAUACACAGCUACUGCUUCUUUCGUCUUAUCAAGUUAUAGUAAAUACCUUGAGGCUGCACAAGCUUCCGUCCAGUGCCCCAAUGGUGUUCUUCAAGCUUCUGAUCUUCUCGGCCUCGCACGGGCGCAGGUAGACUACAUACUUGGGUCAAACCCCAAGAGCAUGAGCUACAUGGUUGGAUUCGGGACCAAUUAUCCUAAUAGACCACACCAUAGAGGAGCCUCUAUAGUGUCAAUCAAGAAAGAUCCUAAACUGAAGGCAUGCAAUGAAGGGUGGUACCCUUGGUACAAAACUUCUGAACCGAACCCUAAUGUUUUGGUUGGAGCUAUUGUUGGUGGACCGGAUGUGAACGAUGUUUACCAAGAUGAACGAUCUGAUUAUCAGCAUAACGAGCCCGACACUGUCACAGUUGCUCCUUUUGUUGGUGUUUUUGCUGCCCUCGCAUGAUCUUAAAUAAUUACACCUAUAUGUAUUCGUUUUCAUCAUUUACUGUUUGAGGACCUUAUUUCUCCUAGACGCUCUAGCGAGUAAUUAUCUUCUUUUUCUUGUGUAAGUGUAGAAACAAAGUCAAAAUUUGAUUUUAUAAUAACUUGAUUUAGUGGGAAAAUGAUCAUU